CAGACAGACGCAUCGAACUCUAGUUUUAAUCCAAACAUGCGAAAAUUCGUGUUUUUAUGGUGAGAAUUGUGCAGUUAGGCCAAUUUUAUUCAUACUCCAAUGAUGAAACUGAUACCGAAAGGACAUUUUGGCAUAUAAAUCACCGAAAGGUGCUGUAACGUAACGUUAUAUUGUUUUCAUAUAGUUUUCAUGUAGUGUCGACGUCAAAAUAAGCCGAUCCAGCUUCUUGGGACACAUCUGUAUACUGUUCUCUAAUCAUGUCCGGUUGUGAGUAACAUAUUUGACAUGUAAAGUCGUUUUUAAUUUGGACCAAAGCUCUAGUAUCUGAAAACAAAGAAUGACAAACCUCCAUUUCAUCACCCAUGCAGUCAUGCUGUCUGUCAUGGCUGUAGUGGUCAAGAAAUAUAUGGACCUGAGGUCACACGUGGAAGACCUACAAAUGGACUGCUACCCCCACCCCUUCCUCUCCCAACCUCCGAGCAAACCUCCUCCCCACUUCCCCUACCCAGGGGACAAUGUGGGGGUUAAUGACAAAGUCAAAGAUUUUAACUACAUUGCAACAAGUCAGUCUGAUUUUCAGGAAUCUGACAGUAACCAGGAUAUUGACAAUUUGGGGGCAACAAAGUAUGAUGGUAAAGGGGCGUCUUCACAACAAAAUAAAUUUUCAGGAACAGACUUUAGUAGUCAUUCAGACCAGAAUUUUGGAACAGACUUUAUUCAAAGUAGCCAGGCAAGUUACAGUAGUGAAGCUCAGAGUGGAAGAUAUUUUGAAGAAUAUGAAAAAACCAAAGCUGCGGGUGCAGAAUCUUCAAGUGUAUUAACUUUGAGCAGUAAAUCUCUAACUGAAGGAGCCACCAUCAGCACGACCUCACAGACAGAUAUUGAUGGAAGUGAACAUGUAGCAGUAACUGGCAAAGCACAUGAAAGCAAGAAAUCAAAGGAAGAGGCUGAUACAUCACAUAUAGAAACCUCAGUUUGGUGCCAUGGCAAUUCGGAGAUGAACAAAAUAUGUCAUUUCCAGAACCUAUGUUACAGUCCUUUGAAUGAGGCGUUUCUGUUUUACCACAGUGAUAGGAGUGUGUUGGAUAGGUCACAGCUCGGUAAUGAUAGCAAGCCGAUGCUACGUCUCUCUACUGUGUACGAAUAUAAUGGUUAUACUCCAAACCUGAUAGAUUUAAAGUCUUCAGCGUUUGAUCAUUCUAGGGUAAAGUGGGUCAAAGGGCAAAGUGUGAUCUUCAGCAGGUUCAAACCUGACAAUAUCAUGCAUGUUCUACACGAUGACAUCUUCCCGUUACACUUCACGCUGAAUUUUAUUACCGGACAAAACUCUCUGGAUCAGUAUGAUGUCCAGAUAGUCUUUAUGGAAGGAUGGGAUCGUGGGGACUUUGCCGACUUGUAUUCUAGUUUCACUACCAAAUCUCCCAUUUAUAUUAACGAUUUAAGUGAGGAACAGUUGGUCUGUUUUGAGGAUGCUUAUGCGGGAUUAUCAACUGCACCCGUGUGGUAUCAAUAUGGCUACAUCCAGUCGCAGGCACCUGUGAAAGACACAGAAGCAUCUGGAUUUCUUAUACACAACACAGUAAAUUUUAUUGUUAAUCAACUCGAUAUGCAAAAGCCUCCUAACAUGAUGCUGACACCUGGUGAUUAUUUUGUUUUAUUCUCCAGAAAAGACAAUCGACGCAUUGUCAAUGAAAUGGAACUGAUGCUCUCAGUUUCAGCAGAGACAAAUUUGAAAGUGUUCACGCUUAGUUUGGAAACCCAUAGUUUAAAAGACAUCAUGCACUAUGUAAGAUUUUCCCGAGGUAUAGUUGGUAUGCAUGGAUCAUUGAUGUCACUGGCUGCCUUUCUCAGGCCUGGAGCGUUUGUUAUUGAGUUGUUCCCAUAUGCAGUCUCUCCCAAAAAGUAUCCCCCCUUCAGGACUCUAGCUGAGCUACCAGGGAUGAAUCUAGUCUACACAGCUUGGCAGAACCUGGACAAAACAAAAUCUAUAGGCCAUCCUGACUGGCCGGCAGACAUAGGGGGAAUCGGUCAUCUACCGCCACAGGACCAGGCAGCUAUAAUGGCUGAGACUGAAGUGCAGGAUCAUCUAUGUUGUAGUGAUCCUUCUUGGUUGUACCACAUAUACCAGGACACAGAGGUAGAUAUUCCUGCCAUCACCAGACUUAUCAAAGCAGCCAUGAACAAACCGUACACAAGUGACCACCAACAAAUGUUCCCAGCCAAAGUUUCAAAGGUUCGGUGUGAUAAACUCAACCCCAAUACUAAUGUCACAGACAAAAAUGUUAAACAAUUGGGUAAUGUGAAAAAAGGAUUGGUAGUGUUAAAAAUACAGUGGGCAUCACCCCAGAAUUUAGACAAUUUAGAUUUUAGAAGUUUACAUUAUGAGGUGAGAGUAGUACAAGAAGGUGUAGAUGACAUAUUAUUCAUAGUCACUGACACAUCUCUGCUGGUGUCUGUGUCUAGCACAGGGCCCACAGUGAAGGUUUGGGUGAAGGCUGUCAUAAACAAUAAGACUGGGGGACUGCAUGGCCAUACACUCUGUUUACUAACAGAGCACCAAGGCCCAAAGUGAAGGUUUGGGUGAAGGCUGUCACAGUCAGUAAGACUGGGGGACAACACAGCUACAUAAGGGGUUUGGGUGAAGGUUUUCACAGGCAGUAAGACUGGGGAACUGCAUGGCCAUACACUCUGUUUACUAACAGAGCACCAAGGCCCAAAGUGAAGGUUUGGGUGAAGGCUGUCAUAGACAGUAUGACUGGGGGACAACACAGCUACAUGAGGGGUUUGGGUGAAUGCUUUCAUAGACAGUAAGACUGGGGGACUACACAGCCACAUGACAGUUUGGGUGAAUGCUUUCAUAGACAGUAAGACUGGGGACUACACAGCCACAUGAGGGUUUAGAUGAAGGUUUUCAUAGACAGUAAGACUGGGGACUACACAGCCACAUGACAGUUUGGUUGAAGGCUUUCAUAGACAGUAAGACUUGGGGACUACACAGCCACAUGAGGGUUUUGGUGAAGGCUUUCACAGACAGUAAGACUGGGGGACUACACAGCCACAUUAGGGUUUAGAUGAAGGUUUUCAUAGACAGUAAGACUUGGGGACUACACAGCCACAUGAGGGUUUUGGUGAAGGCUUUCAUAGACAGUAAGACUGGGGGACUACACAGCCACAUGAGGGUUUGGGUGAAGGCUUUCACAGACAGUAAGACUGGGGGACUACACAGCCACAAGAGGGUUUAGAUGAAGGUUUUCAUAGACAGUAAGACUUGGGGACUACACAGCCACAUGACAGUUUGGGUGAAGGCUUUCAUAGACAGUAAGACUGGAGACUACACAUAAAGGUUUAGGUGAAAGCUUUCAUAGACAGUAAGACUGGGGACUACACAGCCACAUGAGGGUUUGGGUGAAGGCUUUCAUAGACAGUAAGACUGGGGACUACACAGCCACAUGACAGUUUGGUUGAAGGUUUUCAUAGACAGUAAGACUGGGGGACUACACAGCCACAUGAGGGUUUAGGUGAAGGCUUUCACAGACAGUAACACUGGGGACUACACAGCCACAUGACAGUUUGGGUGAAGGUUUUCAUAGAUAGUAAGACUUGGGGACUACACAGCCACAUGACAGUUUGGGUGAAGGUUUUCAUAGACAGUAAGACUGGGGACCACACAGCCACAUGACUGUUUGGGUGAAGGUUUUCAUAGACAGUAAGACUGAGGACUACACAGCCAUAUGACAGUUUGGGUGAAGGUAGAAAGUAAGACUUUGGCAUUACACAGCCACACACUGUGUCUACUCACACACACCAAGGCCCAAAGUGAGAGUUCAGGUUCAGGCUUUCAUAGACAGAAAGGUGGGGGACCCCAUGGCCACACACUAUGCUUACUGACAUAACAUCAAGGCCUCCAGCGAGGGUUUCCAAUGAAGGCUGUGUUUGACAGUAAAAUCAGCAGACUGCACAGUCACAUGCAUGGCCACACUUUGCUAACACCUGUGCCCAUGCACGGUGUUGGUGAAGGUCGUAGUCGACAGUAACUUAAACUAGCAGACUGCACAGCUACAAAUUAAUUUCUUGUAUGUAUCCUGUGUGAAAAAUGUUCUUUUGGCAAGUUUUUUCCCAGUAUGAAUUGUGACCUAAUGAAAAGUGUCAUCUUAUGGACUUGGACCGAAUCAGUAAAACUGGGCAGACAAUUUAUUAUGACAGAAGCCCCCAAAACCACUAUCUAUAUGUAAUGGGAGGAAGUCAUACAAUUUUCAGGUUGUGACUCCUGAUUCUUCUGGUAACUACCAGUGUUUUUCUCAUGAUCUGUGCUUGAUCAUGUAUUAACAUUUUUAUGUUGAUAACCAGUGCAGUUAGUUGAUAUUAUUUGAAAUUUUAAAUGCAAAUAACGAUAUGAUGUAAAAACCAGGGUAGAUGAAAUAGCCUCUUUUGGGAUAGUGAGCCCAAACACUACUUUGUGAUGUACGUACACUUUGUAUUGUACGUGACACAAUACCAGCAAUGGUUAGAAAACCCUACCUUAUACACAGCUUCAGGUUUACUAAUAUUUUGUUCUUGUGGUUGUUAUAGUCAGUAUUCAAUUUACUGAAAUAUUUUCAAUGUAUAUUCCAUGCUUACAAUUUAACACAUUCCUUCAAUGUGUCUAAACUUAACGUGUUGUAAUUUGUUGUCGUACGUUUGUGAGAUGUUGUCAUUUUUGUAACUUUGUAUCGGCGUGAGAUACUUUUAAAUGUUUCUGUACAGUUAGGUGAUCUUGUAUACAUUUUAGUGGUGAAUUCUCUGUUGUUAUGUAUCACAUUAUUAUACAUCAUAUAUUGUACAUGUAACAUCUGUUCUGAAGACUAAAAUGUUGAUUAUACGAUUCAAAAAAAAAGGAAAAAGCAAGAAUCAUUGGAAAUGUUUCUUCAUUUAUUGGAGUUAAAACUGUCAAGACUUUGCACAGAGAGACACUGAAUUAUCCCAAAUUACAAGAUUACUGGAGAGGUACGGAGGCCAUCAAGUCCUUGAGGAGCUAGGUCCUCUGAAAAAACCCCACAUGAAUUCAUGACUAAAGAGGUUCCUCUUUUCACAGUAACAAUAAAUAACUGUUAAGUGCGGAUCCUCUACAGUAUAUAAACAGCCGCAGUGUUAUAACGAACGACAAUGGUACACUGGUUGUUUAGCUUCUCCCUGAAGUAGUCAUGAAGCGGGCCAGAGCACAUUUUCCCUUUUACCAGUUGUUUCCGAUGAUAAUGCUGUAAUUUUCAUUCCUUCAGUCGUGUGAUAGUGCUUCACCCUGACCGACACCCGUGAUAAAUUAGUUAGAUGGAAAGUUCUGUUUUGAUAUCGAUUAAUGAAUGCUGUUGUUUUGUUCACCACAUUGUGUAGUUAUUUUUGUGUGGGAUUUUUUUUAUGGACAGUUAUUAAGUAUGUCAAUAUGUGUUAUUGUGUAUUUAUCUGUUGAAUUUAAUAGUUUUUUUCAUAUCAAGAGUUUUGAUAAGUGAAUUGACACUCAGCCUUAUGUAAUAUGUCUAUUAGGGUGAUCGAGUGGCACAGUGGAUAGUGCGCUUGCCUUUCAACAAGGCGGCCAGGGUUUGAUUCCCCAAUCGGACGUGGAA